AUGGUUGAUAUUAAUCCUAUGUCAACAACAACACCAACAAUAACAUCAACAACAAUAAAAGUAGAAGAUAAUAAGGAGAAUGAAAGGAAAGAAUAUCUAUUAGGCCUUUUAAAGAAUGGUGUUCAAAUUACAAAUAGAGAAAGAGAGGAAUUAAUGUUUAAAUUCAAGAUAAAUGAUCUCUCACUUUUUAGAACAAGUCAACCAUCAUCACAAACACAAUCUCAUGAAAUUUUAAACGGAAACACAUUGAAUUCAUUUUCAAAAUUAGAGAUUAAAACCAAUGGUAGUGAAAAUGAUUCUGAUAAUGAUUCUGAUAAUGAAAAUGAAAAUAUUGGAAAUGAAAUUAAAAGUGAAAAUUUAAAAAAGUAUCAAUAUAGAGAAAUUGAUGAAGAUGCUCAAUCUGAUAAAUCAAUUCUACAAAAAAUUAAUCAAGAUUUUCAAGAAUUAUCAAAAAUUAAUAAUAAUAAUAAUAUUAAUAAUGAUAAUGAUAACAAUGAUGAUGGUGAUGAUUUUAUUGAAAACUCAAUCACUAAUAAUAAUAAUAAUAAUAAACAUGAUUAUGUUUGUGAAAAUUGUAAAUGGUGCGAUGGUUAUGAAAUUGAUAGCAAAAGUAAAGAACAACUUUGUAUAAAUUGUAAAUGUAGUUUAAUCCAUCACAUAACAACUAAUUUUAAUGGUUACGAUGAUGACGAAGAUGAUGAUAACGAUGAAGAAGAUUAUUUCGAUAAUAGUAGUGAUGAAGCUGAUUACUAUGGAGAUCAUCAUUAA